AUGGCACUUUCUGGUUUUGUCUUUCUCAAUUUGAUGGGGAUCAGAUCCUUCUUCCUGUCCUUCAGAUUGACUGGAUCCAAUUACAAGCACUAUGCAUUGUAUUAUUAG